AAGUUAUGUUCCCGCCAUGUAUGUGUGGAAGUCGACAAUCCUUGUCCAUGUCUUGCAGACGAGUACCAGUGCACGGACGGUAGCUGUAUCCCCCAUAUGUCCAUGUGUGACGGACACAAGGACUGUCUGGACGGACGAGACGAAGCCCGCUGUGUCGUCGAGAGUAUAGACACGAACGCCUUACCCAUGUCACUCAUUCUCGGAAUCAUCGCUGGCUUCAUCUUCCUUCUUAGUAUCAUCGGCCUUAUCAUCUUGUUUUUAAUCUGGCAACGAAAUCGGCGACGAAAUCAUUCUAGAUCUGGUAACGAACCAUUAAAACUUGAAUCCAAUGACUCGGAGAUGACGCCCCAAAAACUGUGUUUACAUCACGACAAUCACCCUUUAAUGCCAAAUAAGGACAUCAUUCAUCCUCUGAUUGACCAAGAGUGUCGGAUUGUGAAAGAAGACAUAGGCAAAAAAAUUUCCAAAACCGUAAACGAAAAUCCACCGCCAAUCACGCGUAGAAGCAUGCUUCUGUAUCAGCCUUUCGAGCAGAAGUGUAGCUACAACAUGUUUUCGUCACUAGACAUAGACUUUGGGGAGGAACUUUUGUGUACAUCGACCCCUAAACAGGGCAAAAGAGGACAGCUCCGACCAAUCAUAAAGCUCGACACAUCUCCAAUAAAGGAUACGUCAAAAGGAGACUUAUCAAAGGCAUUAAACCUGUCUAUGUUCGCCUCCAUCACGUGACUCUGACGUAUUCAUUAGAUGUGUUGUUUCAAUACGAUACAAUGAAUGGCACAGAUGGUGACGUCACUGAUCUUCUGGUGUUGAUAGAUUGCCUGUGAUCAGAGGAUUAUGUCUGGUGCAAAUGCUGUUUCUAAAUUCUUAUUGCCAACUUUACCACUUGAUUGUCACCAUCGGUAGACAAUAAAGACCUCAUGGACCAGGCAAUAUGCCGUGCAGUCUGGGUGCAAAAUAAGAAGGAUUUCGUUGGACACGAGGUGAAAUAUCCUACGAUAGAUACAUA